AACUUUACACACCUGUAUGCUCUUCUCAGUCUCAGUAUAAUAUAUGUGUAGAUAUAUCCCAUCUGAUCCACAGGAAGAUCGUCAGUGUGUUUUCCUACAAACCUUCAGAGCAGAUACGUUCUAUGUUUUCCCCUUCAUUGAAGAAUGUCCCUGUGUCCAGACGUGGUGAGGAUCUGGCCGACUCCUCGCAGACAGCAGGCUAUGGAUUGGGCUGUAUUUUUGGAAGGUGGUGUGUGAGUGUGUGUGGAUUGGACGCCUUGUUAGGACUGCGGAGAUAUUUCCAAUAGCAGCGACCGUCAGGAGAUACUGUAGCUGGGUGGCAGUCAGGCGCAGGGCGUGGGGGGCUUUUCUGGCCACCUGGAGCAGCCAUGCGAGCUUUCUGCGUUAUCAAGACACACAACACUAACUAAUGAGCGCUAAUUGGCUCCGACACAGCAUCACAACCAAAGAGUCGAGCAUCCGUCGCUGGAGGAACUUGCAAAACAAAUUGAGUAAAGUUUCUGUCAAGUGUGCCACGCGCUUCAUGGACGCGCGCAGAACCCCCCAAAGCAGAAGAACCCAGCGAUAAGCUCGGAUGUCCGGUGAAGGUGACGUCAAACUGACGGGGAUCUAACCUUUAGCCAGAAAACAGACGACAAGUUUUCUCCGAGGUCUGUGGUGCUGGGCUGCGGCGAGGAAUGAGCGGAGGGCGCUUCGAGUUCGACGAUGGGGGAGCUUACUGUGGAGGCUGGGAGGGGGGCAAAGCCCACGGCCACGGCAUCUGCACUGGACCCAAGGGCCAGGGCGAGUUCUCCGGCUCGUGGAACUACGGCUUCGAGGUGGUGGGAGUCUACACCUGGCCCAGCGGAAACACAUACGAGGGCUACUGGUCGCAGGGCAAGCGUCACGGCUUGGGAGUGGAAACUAAAGGACACUGGAUUUACAAAGGGGAAUGGACUCACGGCUUCAAAGGCAGGUACGGCGUCCGGAUCAGUACCGGUAGUGGAGCAAAGUAUGAAGGGACGUGGAAUAACGGGCUUCAGGAUGGAUACGGAACAGAAACAUACGCCGACGGAGGUACCUUCCAGGGUCAGUUCACCGGCGGCAUGCGUCAUGGUUACGGAGUUCGUCAGAGCGUCCCCUACGGCAUGGCGGCCGUGGUUCGCUCUCCUCUUCGUACCUCCCUGACCUCCCUUCGCAGCGAGCACAGCAACGGCACCGUUCUGCAGCAGGACGUGCCUGUAAUCAUCACCACCAAUACGUCCGGGGAGGAGACGCCCGUCGCUACGCCCGCUCAGCUGGGACCGUCUCGCGGGGGCUUCGCCCUCACCCUCCAGGUGGACCCAGAGGCGAUGAAGCCCAAGAAGAAGGGACUCUUCCGCAGAGGCUCCCUCCUCGGCAAGCUGAAGAAGUCCAGCUCCAGCACCUCGCUGUCCAGCCAGAAGAGCAAGCUCAGCUUCCUGAGGACGGAGUCUGCGCUCAGCUCCAACACCAGUGACACCAACUCCACCAUCAGCAUCGGGGACGAAAGUCUGACCGGAGCCGAAGACUUCCCUCCCAUCGAGGCCGACAUCGACGCCACCACCACAGAGGUCUACAUGGGCGAGUGGAAGAACGACAAGCGCUCAGGAUACGGGAUAAGCGAGAGGUCCAGCGGGCUGAAGUACGAGGGCGAAUGGCUAAAUAACCAGAGGCACGGCUACGGCUGCACCACCUUCGCAGAGGGAGGGAAGGAGGAGGGCAAGUACCUGAACAACCUGCUGGUGAAGGCCAUGAAGAAGAGGGUGAUCCAGCUGAAGGGAACCAAGAUCAAGCAGAAGGUGGAGCGGGCGGUGGAGGGGGCUCAGAGGGCUGCAGCCAUCGCCAAGCAGAAGGCUGAGAUCGCAGCUUCCAGAACAACUCACGCAAAAGCCAAGUCAGACGCUGCUGGUCAGGCUGCUCAGGCCUCCAACACUGAGUCCAGCAUAGCCAGGCUGGUGGCUAAAGAGCUGUCGCCUUCCUUCUACCAGCCAGGUCCUGAGUAUCUGAAGAAGAGAAUGUUGCAGGAGGUCAUUGAGGGUAAUGAGAACACAGACACUGUCAUGCAUGAACCCCUACUAGCUGAGGAGGAGGCUCUGCCCACCCCCCCAGAAAGCCCGCUCAUGAAUGAGCUGGACCACCUCAUGCCUGGCUCUUCCCCAGGCCGCACCCCCUCCCCGAGCCCAGGCAUCAUUCUAAAGGAGGAGCCCAAGCUGCUCCGUCCAGGAAGCUGGAGUGAAGACAAACCUGUCAAAGAUGAUGGCACUAAAGCCAACAAGCCUAGUAGUCGGCCCACUACUCCUUCAGCCUCCGUUUCUGCUCCUAUUGUCGUCGCACCUGAAGAAGCAGUGGCCCCCAGCAGCCGCACCCCGUCUAGGACCCCCAGCCGUCAAAGCAACAAGAAUGAGCAGGGCUCAGACCUGGAGAUCAAGCCCCUCCAGAAGCUGGACUCCAGGGCAAAGCCUGCAGAAACUGCCCCUGUAAGGAACAGCCUCAUCUCUCCAGAUGAAGAAGCAGCACCGCUCUCCCCCUCUAAGGUGCCCUCUAAGGCUGUCACCCCCGAACCUAAGCCCACUAAGCCCAAGCCUGAAAUAGCUGCAUCAGUUCAUGAACGUGCACCAUCCAUCUCUAAAAAUAUAGUGGAGCCCAGGGAGGUGAGCAGGCCGUCCAGCAAAGCAGAGACAAAGCCCGCAUCGAAACAGCCCAGCCCGGCUCCAACCCCAAAGCCAGUGCCUGAACCCAAACCCGUAACGAAGCAAGUGGAAGCCAAACCAGUGCAGAAGACGGAGCCUAAAGCCGAAGCCCGACUAAAGGCUAUUGUGUCGACACCAAGGCCGGGGGUGGCUUCAGAGUCCUUGGAUCUGGAGGGCCCAAACACCAUAAUGAUCUGCAUGGUGAUCCUGCUCAACAUCGGCCUGGCAAUUCUCUUUGUACACAUCUUAUCAUGAGGUUGUCCACCAGCUCAGGUCACCGGCACCAUGGGCAGCGACGGCCGUCCUCCUGCCGGUGAGGACCAGAGCUCAGACGCAGAGGACCGUCGUGCAGCAGCUGUUCUCACGGCUUUUGUCUGAUGCUCCAUGAAGCAUCGUCUCUGGAGGACGUUGAGUAACUGAAAUGGUGACAUUUGCAGGUUAAAGUGGGGGAUGUGGGGGAGGAGGAUGAGCUUGAUGGUGAAGUAAGUGUCCAAAUGACAUUCAUGAAUUUUAACUUCCACUUACAUGUAAAAGCUUUGAGCUUAAAUCUUAACUGAUGCUGAGUCAGAACAACAGAUCAUCAUUAACAGCAUGUACAGACUGAAUGUUUUCUUCUUUGCGCUUUGACUAUUUAGAUAUAAAGAUCUCUGCAGCACACGAGUGACGACAAGGAUCUCAUUGUUUAAAUGUCUGGUUGCUUCUACCAUAAGAGUUAAACACAAAGUUUUAGGAGCUUUAGAACUGCGUCCUGAGAAGUCUGCGUUUGAGACCAUGCUCUGCACUGUGACGUUUUCAUUUUCACUGGGAUGUAUCUGCAUUUUUGUCAUUGAGCGUAUUUGGUUUGAAGCUGAUGAACCAAAUAGAGACAUAGAAUAGGAAGCUUAUGUAUGUGCUGAUCGGUUCCUGUGUGGUUUUGCUACAGUCGUGGUGGUUUCAGACAGGAGGUGGUAUGUUCUAAUAAAAUCGAAUGAUUUAAAACAAUCGCUUUAUGCUGGACAUUGUCAAACUUGCAGCUGUGAUGGACGAGCUGUUCCACCGUGUUGUAUUCAGGGCCUGCUGUACUUUACACGGCCAUGACUUCAACCUUUGUAUGCAUGAGUGCACUUUGUGUGUAUGUGUCUGUAUUUUUGUACCAGGUAGACAUGGACGUCCUUUCAGCAUUCAAACUAUUCAGCUUUGAGUCUAAAUAUAUUUAUAUUCCCUGAAAGAGUCAGUCAGAUUACCUCAUGACUGUGAGAUGGAGAAAUACUGACUGACUCCAUGUCUUACAUUUGGAAGAGCUUUCUUCACGUGUUGUUUAACAUUUCUCCAUGUUCUUUCACCCAUGAAUAUAUGAAGUUGAGAUUUAUCUACCAAAGCAUCAGUAAGAAUGGCAGAUUAAAAACAUGUUAGGUGCAAUAAAACUACUUCAUUGUAGUCAUUUUGUUUUGUCUAUUGGUGAAAGUGAAAUUAUUUCACUGAAUCUGAAGAAAUGCAUUGCAUUUUCAACGCUUGAACCAAAUAAAGUCUUUUGCAACACUUAAA